UGUUUCGUUCUGUGGCGAACAGGUGUCGACGAUACUGCGCCGUUGAAGCUUCGGCGUUUGCAGCGAGAGGAGCAAGGAUCUUUGCUAUCGCCGUGAUUUGGUCAACUGCCGCUUCUUGUAGGGCAAGGCGUGCCAGGAUCGUUUCCAUAGACGCAGGCUGGGGAAGUGGAGUUACUGGUGUAGGCGUAGGUGUCACCUCUGGAGCCGGCAUCACCUCGAGAGCUUUGCGCUCCUCGCCUGACGAAGAACUGUCGUUGUUAACGACCAUAGUUCUGACGUUACUUUGCUAGUAGCCCCACGGUGGGCGCCAACUGUUUGAUCGGAAAACGGUAAUAAAGAAGAUAUGGGUUUUAACAAAGACGUCUUAUUUAUGGUCGGAGAAAACGUUCAGUCGGUUACAAGAGAAAUGAAGAGAAUGCGACAGAAUGGAAGCCGGUGGCUCGAUGAGCUACCGGAAAAGUACAACUAGCGGCGAGAUGAAGCAAAGGUGAAAACCCUAAUCUAGCCGCCAAGUGUUAGUCAGUUAUUUUGGAUCCUUCUCUCGUUUUCUCCCCUUUACCUUAUCUAGACGUCCUGAUGCUUCGUCCUUGACCUAAUUUGCGCCAUCUUGGUGGGCCUCCUCUGCUGGGCCGAGAAGCCCGUAGGCGUCCGAGCAUCUGCUGAGCCGAAUAUACUUUAGUCGAUGACGAUCGACUAAAAGUUCUCAAGAGUCAAGCCGAGAGACCUGACUCUUGAGCCGACCGAUCGAGCCGUCGCUCUACCUAAUCCGGGCCAGGCCUUUCUAUUCCUCGGGCCUUGUGGGAUGGUCAAAUCCAUCCUCUACAUUCAUUUUGAAAGAAAAUGUACAUGUGUGUCGUAUAUAUAUUACCCAUGAGAUACAACAUAGUUUCAGAAUUAUUCCCUAUACAUUUGUUCACACCCGAAAGACGAACCCUAAAACAAAAGGAAGCAGUAGUUAUCAAAAUGUCGCAGUUUUUGUACUCUCUAACGCUCGUCUUCGUUUUCCUCGCAUCAGCAAACACAGAAAUAACAGCAGACACUUCACCAUCCUACUCCAAAAACCACAAAAUCUUCGUGAAGACGGCGUGUAAUUCAACAACAUACCCUGACAAAUGCUACAAGUCCUUAUCCUCCUACUCAUCCACCAUCAAAUCCGAUCCGAUAAAGCUAUGCACCACGGCGCUCAAGCUCAACGUGAAUUCCGCAAAAGAAGCAGCUUCCGUCAUCUCUAAGCUUCUCAAAAAGUCUCAGAAAUCCGCAGCCGGACGAAAGAAUAAAAUGUUACCGGAGAAGCUUAUCCUCAGGGACUGCCUCGAGGAGAUGAGGGACACAAUUGUUGAGCUGAAGCAAGCGAUCACAGAGAUGAAGACUCUACGAGAUGGUGACUCUGUGCCUGAGCAUAUGACGAACGUCAGGACAUGGGUGAGCGCGGCAUUGACGGACGAAGGGACUUGUACGGACGGGUUCGAAGAGAUAAAAGUGAAUAAAGAAACUAAGAAGAAGGUAACGAAGGUUGUUGAGGAACUUGCAACGACGACUAGUAAUACUUUGGCGCUUAUUAAAAAUCUAAGUUACUAGCGAACGAUUAAAUAAAAUAAAAUUAUUGUUAAUGAAUUAUUACGCGCGACCACCUUGUGCAUGUUUUUCUUUUCUACACGUCAAAACUGAUGUGUGUUUACCACAAAAUAUUGUAACGAUGUUAGAGUUAAUUUGAUUAAGACAAAUUAUAUUAUAAAGAUAUCGUUUUUUUAUUAUUACCUAAGAGCAUCAUUAUCCCUGAAACCCCAAAUGGGGUUUCUUAAUUUUUUUUUUA